AUGGAGAACAACACAACCGUAUUUCAAGAUGCCACUCAAGUUUUAAAUCUGACAGAAAUACCUCUGAACCCUCUUGAAGAGCAGGUCAUAACAAUAUUUUUGACAGUACUCAUCUGUGUAGUUGGGAUUGCUGGGAACAUUAUGGUGGUGCUGGUCGUGCUGCGCACUAAACACAUGGUGACCCCGACUAACUGCUACCUCGUCAGUCUGGCUGUCGCAGACCUCAUCGUGCUGCUGGCGGCAGGGCUGCCUAACAUCUCUGAUGUUGUAGCCUUCUGGAUAUACGGGUACACGGGAUGCUUGUGUAUAACUUAUCUUCAGUAUCUGGGCAUCAACGUGUCGUCCUGCUCCAUCACAGCCUUCACCAUCGAGCGAUACAUCGCUAUUUGUCACUCCAUAAAGGCACAGUUCAUAUGCACCGUCUCCCGGGCCAAGAGGAUCAUAGCUGCCGUCUGGAUCUUCACCUCACUCUACUGCAUCAUGUGGUUCUUCUUAGUGGACACAGAUGAAACCGUCUACACCAAUGGCGUGGUCGUCACUUGUGGCUACCGUGUCUCCAGGAGCUUCUACAUGCCGAUCUAUUUUCUGGACUUUACUUUGUUCUAUGUGAUCCCUCUCGUUGUGGCCACUGUGCUGUAUGGGCUCAUCGCCAGGAUUUUGUUCAUGAGCCCCCUGCCCUCGCAUCUGAACGACAGAGCUGGAGGAGGGUCGGUUCACCAGGGUCACUCCAACAGCACUAACAAGGCCAACAAGGGUGCAGUCUCUGCAAGGAAACAGAUAACAAAGAUGCUGGCUGUGGUGGUCAUCCUCUUCGCCUUGCUCUGGAUGCCUUACCGAACCCUGGUGGUGGUCAACUCCUUCAUCGACCCUCCUUACACCAACACCUGGUUCCUGCUCUUCUGUCGCAUGUGCAUCUACACCAACAGCGCAAUCAACCCCAUCAUUUACAACCUCAUGUCUCAGAAGUUUCGCGUUGCCUUUAAGAAGCUCUGCAAGUGCAACUGGCAACAAAAGGAGAAGGCGGUGGAGUACAACGUGCCGAUGUAUUACAGCGUGAUGAAGGAUUCGUCCCACGAGAGCAACGAGCUGGUCACGGAGCAGGAGGACGUGAGCGGCCACACCAACAAGAGGUUCAACGAAACAGAUGAUGACGCAAGCACGUUUAGUGUUUCUUAA